AUGAGGCUCAGCCACAUUGAAGCUCGAUUGGAGCAGCAGCUCAUUCUUAAAGAAUUAAUUAUGAAAUCAGUUGAUGGUUUAACAAAAGUCGGAUACUCUCGCAUAACGUCUCAACGUGUAAAAACGCGCCUCUCAGAUCUUAAAGAAAAUUGGGAAAAAUUCUCAAUAAUUAACGAAGCCAUUGGCCUAGCAAUAAUACAAUUAAGUCCGCAAGACAAAUUAAGUUUAAAACGACACACAUAUUUUACAAACAAUAUUUUCUCUGUAACGCACGAAAAUUAUCUCGAGGCAGUUGAGAAAAUGAUGUCUUUUCUCGACUCAGAAACGGAUAGCAUGAAUGAUACGCCAACACAAUCGAUUUCUCAGAAUUCAAAUACAUCUAAUUUUGAACAUCCUACCCGACUACGUAGACUUGACAUUCCAAAAUUCAAUGGAUCAUUAGACGAUUGGUUAUCAUUUAAAGACUUAUUUACCUCACUCGUCAUAUCUAACUCGACAUUAUCACCAGUAGAAAAACUUCAAUAUUUAAAAAUGAGUCUAACCGGAUCAGCUGCCAAUUCAUUAAAAAAUACAAAAAUUACUUCUGAAAACUUUGAAAAAACUUGGGACGCGUUACUUGAAUUCUAUGAAAAUAAGCGUAUUCUCGUACAUUCGACUCUUCACUCAUUAUUUACACUUAAACCUAUGACAAAAGAAUCAGCUCACGAGCUUGAACAAUUGUAUAAUAACCUCACGGAACUCUAUAGGUCUUUCGAAACAUUGAACCGACCUGUCGAGGCAUGGGAUGACAUCCUUGUAUUUAUUUCAGUACAACGAUUAGAUUCAAAUUCAGUAAAAGCGUGGGAACAACACUUAGGUUCAUCCACGGAGCCUCCUACUUGGAAUCAAUUUAAAGAAUUUUUAAUAUCUCAUUUGCGUUCCCUUCAAGCGUACGAAAAGUCUCGUAAUUCAAAACUACUUCCGUUACCUCAACAAAAGUCCGUUAAAUCGCACUUUCAAGGAAAAUCUAAGGACGUCGCGUCAAGUAAAUUUAUCUUUUGUUCAUUAUGUUCAGCUAAUCACUAUCUUGCAGCUUGUCCGCAAUACACUUCAAAAUCAAUCCAACAAAGAAUAGCACUCAUCAAUAAAAAUAAGCUUUGUUUCAAUUGCCUCGGAGCUCACAAGGCAUCAAAUUGCCGUAACACAAAGAGAUGUCUAAAAUGCGGACAUAAACAUCAUACCACCAUACAUCAAGCUCAUGGAAAAAAUAACAAUUCAAAUUCCGCUCCCUCGACAUCACAAAAUUCGACUCCAUCAACGUCAACUACCGAAACGCAAGUAUUACAUUCAGCUAUCGAGUAUUCACCAAAAAUUUCAUGUAUAUUAUUAGCCACUGCUCAAGUUCUGAUCAUUUCAGCUAAAGGAGAAACUAUAAAAGCACGAGCUUUGAUCGACCAAGGUUCAGAAAUUUCUCUGAUCUCAGAGAGAAUCGUACAAAUUUUUCAUCUUCCUAGAGUUCAUACCUCCAUCUCAUUAAUCGGAAUAGGAGCUCAAAAAUCCAACAAAACCAAGGGAUUAGUUAAUGUAACAUUAAAAUCCUUGGUCGACGCCAAUGCUGAAUGUUCUCUCUCAGCUCACAUCCUACCAAAGUUAACAGCAUCUCUUCCAUCGAUGAAAACUCAGAAGAGAAAAUGGCCACAUUUAGCAGGACUUUCGUUAGCCGAUGAUAACUAUUCGAAUCCAGGGCCAAUUGAUUUGAUACUCGGCGCAGAUGUAUACCCUCAGAUCAUCGAAGACGGAAUUAAAAAGGGAGAUGCCGAUUCACCUAUCGCCCAACGAACAAUAUUUGGUUGGAUCAUUUCUGGGCCAUCUGGCGACAACACAUCAUCAUCUCUCAUUCAAGGUUACCAUGUCUCAGCAGACCGGGAACUUCAUGAUCUUCUUCAACAAUUCUGGAAACUCGACGAACUUCCAUUCGUCUCUGGAUCAUCGUUAUCGACUGAAGAGCAAGAAUGCGAACAACAUUAUAAACUUACUCAUACUCGUAACCAGCAAGGAAGGUACAUCGUUCGUCUUCCUUUUAAGCAACCUGCGGAAAAAUUAGGAGACUCUCGCUACAAGGCCUUACAAGUUAUGACCAACUUAUCGAAAAAAUUUACAUCUGAUCCCGCUUAUGCGCAUUCUUACAGUAAAUUCUUAGAAGAAUACGAACGCUUGCAACAUAUGAAACGCGUUCCGGAAACGCAAGCGGAACCUCAAUUUUCUUACUACCUUCCUCACCACGGUGUUAUACGAGAAAGCAGCAUCACUACAAAAUUACGAGUGGUGUUUAAUGGAUCAAGUCGCACGAGCACCGGAGUAUCGCUCAAUGAUAUACUGCAUACCGGAGCAAAACUACAAAUUGACGUUUUCGAAAUCCUUAUUUGGUUACGACAAUUUCGGUACGUUUUUUCUUCAGAUAUAGAGAAGAUGUAUCGACAAAUCAACGUAUCUGAAGAAGACUGGGAUUUUCAAAGAAUUCUUUGGAAAAAUCAAACAAAUGAAAUUGUUUCUUACCAACUAACGACUGUCACAUACGGACUAGCCUGCGCACCGUUCUUAGCUCUUCGAACAUUAGCUCAAUUAGUCGAGGACGAAGGCACAAAAUUCCCGCUUGCAGUUCCAUCUAUGAAACGAGGACGAUAUGUAGACGAUAUCUUCGGAGGAGCUGACACCAUCGCUGAAGCAAAAGAAAUCGUACAGCAAUUAAAUCAAUUAUGCAUGGCGGGCGGCUUUCCUCUUAGAAAAUGGAUGAGCAAUCAUACAUCGGUUAUCAACUCUAUACCAUCUGAACACAGAAUUGAUUUUUCAACCAUUGAAUUUGAAGAUGCCACGAUGAUUCAUGUAUUGGGACUCUGCUGGAAUCCAGUAAAAGAUAAUUUUCAAUUUUCAGCUACUGUAACAACUCCAAAAAUCAUUACCAAACGCACUGUUCUUUCAACCAUAGCAAAAAUUUUUGAUCCUCUUGGACUUCUUGCCCCAAUUAUCAUUACAGCGAAAAUUUUCAUUCAGGAAUUAUGGUCAAUAAAACUAAGCUGGGAUGAUACAUUGCCUUCACUACCGUCAAAGAAAUGGACCGCAUUCUUAGAAGACCUAAAAGAGAUUCCAAAAUUAAAUUUUCCACGAUGGAUCGGACUUCAAUCUGAUAACAUUUUCGAGCUACACGGAUUUUGCGACGCUUCACAACGUGCCAUGUGCGCUGCUGUUUAUUUACGCAUAACCACUCAAGACGGAAACAUCACUACCCAAUUACUCUGCUCAAAGACAAAGGUCGCACCUUUAAAAAGACUAACUAUACCCCGACUUGAACUCUCUGCCGCAGUUCUACUAACUAAACUUAUUUCCAGCAUUCUUCGCAUUUUAGAAAUCAACCGCGUUCCAUUAUUCAUGUGGACGGACUCAGCUAUCACUUACACUUGGCUCAAUAAUCAUCCUUCCAGGUGGAAAGACUUCGUUCACAACCGCGUUUGUUUUAUUCACGAAACAAUACCUCAAGCAAUUUGGAAAUUUAUCCCUGGAGCCGAAAACCCGGCUGAUUGUGCUACCAGAGGAUUAACGCCGUCACAAUUGCUCGAAUAUUCUCCUUGGUGGUCAGGACCACGAUGGCUUGCUCAAGAACCUUCAGUUUGGCCACAGAUAUCACAAAUACCUUCUCACAAAGAAAAUCUUGAAGAAAGACCAACGCAAGUCUUCGUUACUAAUAUAAAAUCAAAUAUUCUCUGGGAUCUAAUAUAUCGAUACUCUAAUCUAACCCAUCUUUUACGCAUCACAGCUUUGUGCAUGCGAGCCAUUGCUCGUUUUAAAAGGACUCAAAAUUCAUCGUUAAAUAAUCCCAUUACAACACAAGAAAUUGAAAUCGCACGGAUCUAUUGGGUUAAAUCAAUACAAAGGUUUGCAUUUCCUCAAGAAAUAAAAAUUCUCGUCAACGGCAACCCCCUGCCACGCUCCAGCCCUCUUCUACGAAUUGCUCCUUACAUAGAUGCCUCUGGAUUACUUCGUGUUGGAGGCCGUCUCGAAUUUUCUCGUUUACCUGAAAACGCAAAACAUCCGUUGGUUCUUCCACGAGAAUCACCGCUAAGUUCAUUAAUCAUUGAAGACGCCCAUCGACGUACCAUGCAUGGAGGCACGCAAAUAACUUUAUCUUAUAUUCGAAACAAUUACUGGAUUAUAGGAGGGCGAGCACCAAUCAGAUCCUUCAUAUUGAAAUGUGUACGAUGCGCAAGACAUCGCCAACAACGAGCGCAACAAAUCAUGGGUCAACUUCCUCCCGAACGACUUACUCCAUCUCGUCCUUUUCUUCACUCUGGAGUUGACUAUGCUGGGCCAUUCCUCUUAAAAAACUGGAGAGGAAGAAAUUCCCGCACUUACAAGGCUUACAUUGCUCUCUUCGUGUGUCACGCUACAUCAGCCAUUCAUCUCGAACUCGUAACUGACUGUACUACCGACGCCUUUAUCGCCGCAUUCAAGCGGUUUACAUCAAGAAGAGGAAUAUGUUCUACUUUGAUGAGUGACUGUGGCACAAAUCUCAAAGGAGCCAGUUCUGAACUUAAAACGUUAUUUUCUGCAGCUUCAUCUGAACUUGGACGUCUAGCUACUUUACUCGCGAAUGACGGCACUCAGUGGCGAUUCAAUCCUCCUUCUGCGCCACAUUUCGGUGGAAAAUGGGAGGCAGGUGUCAAAUCUGUCAAGCACCAUUUUAAAAGAGUAUUAGGCAAUCAUUUGUUGACAUACGAAGAGAUGAAUACAUUUCUCACUCAAAUAGAAGCAGUUCUCAAUUCAAGACCUCUCUGUGCACUCACCAACGAUCCAGACGAUUUCAAUGCCCUUACUCCUGGGCACUUUCUUAUUGGAGAUGCACUAACUACCAUACCUGAGCCAUCGCUUGAACUUGUCAAACUUUCUCAUCUGUCUCGAUGGCAACUCACUCGCCAAAUGUUAGAUAGUUUUUGGUCUCACUGGUCACGAGAAUACUUACAACGUCACCUCGCUAUUUACAAAUGGAAUCAAAAUUCUCCUCCCCUUCAAGAAGGGACUCUAGUACUAGUCGUAGACGAACGAUAUCCGCCAUCGAAGUGGCCUCUCGGCCGUGUAAUCGAAACUCAUCCAGGAAAAGACGGACGAGUCCGAGUUGUGACUAUCCGAACUCAGACUGGAACUUUAAAACGACCAAUAGUAAAACUAUGUCCUCUCCCAAUUUCAGCCUAA